AGCAGGACCGCGCCUGGCGGCAGCCGCAACCAACAUCCCGAUGGCUUCGUUGGCGUUGGCGACGCCUUGGAGGGGCCCGGGGCCCCUUCUCCGGGGCGGCGGGGCUGGGGCGGGCUGACGGGGGAGGGCUCCUCUCCCCAGCCCAGCCCGACGGGCUCGAACACAGAGGCGGCGAGCCGGCUGGUGCCUGCGCCCUGCUCGUCCUUUUUUACUUGGUGAACUCGGCGCGCGUCAUGGCGCGUCGGGCUAUAGAUGGGGCUGCGGAGCCCCGGAUCACCCCCGCCAGGGCCUGCCCACAAGAAGGGAGGGAGGGCGGCAGGGAGGGAAGGCGGGGGCUCCUGUGCCUGCCGGGGGCCUCUCGCUCCGGCUCAGGAGGGCUGGGCGCGCAUCACCCGUCCUGCCUGCCCCUCGAGGUCCCUCGCGCGUUCUGCGAAGAGGAGGCGGCGGCGGCGGCAGGCAGGCGAGAGAGGGGAAACUAGGCGGCGGUGGGAACCCUCUUCUUCUUCUCUCCCAGCAGCGGCCGCCGGCUGUGCCCAGGAGCCCCCUCUUCGAUUUUGAUUUUCUCCUUCUACCCCCUCCCCGCCCUUGUGUCCCCCUCCCCGUCCCCCCAACCCCUUCCCCUUUCUCGGCCGGCACCACUGAGGAAUGAUGAAGAAGACCGAUGCUGCCAAGCGGGAUGGCAACCAGCAGUCCGUGCAACCCGAGAAGGUGGGCUGGGUCCGGAAAUUCUGCGGGAAAGGCAUUUUCCGGGAAAUCUGGAAAAACCGCUAUGUUGUUCUGAAAGGAGAUCAGCUGUACAUCUCGGAGAAGGAGGUAAAAGAUGAAAAAAACAUCCAGGAAGUGUUCGACUUGAGUGAUUAUGAGAAAUGUGAAGAGCUCAGGAAAUCGAAAAGCAGAAGCAAAAAGAACUACAGCAAGUUCUCGCUCGGACACUCCAAGGAGCCUGGGAACACAGCACCUAAUCUUGUCUUCCUGGCUGUGAGUCCUGAAGAAAAGGAAUCGUGGAUCAACGUGCUCAACUCUGCCAUAACCCGGGCCAAGAACCGCAUCUUGGAUGAGGUUACUGUAGAGGAGGAAAGCUACCUUGCCCACCCGACCCGUGACAGGGCAAAGAUCCAGCAUUCCAGACGACCUCCAACAAGGGGGCACUUGAUGGCUGUGGCAUCUACCUCAACAUCUGAUGGAAUGUUGACACUCGAUUUGAUCCAGGAAGAGGAUGCUUCCCCAGAAGACCAUAGCACCUGUGAGGAGAGCUUCCGGGUGGACCUGGAUAAAUCGGUAGCCCAUCACACUGCCGGACGAAGGCGCUCUGAUUCAGAGAAUGUGAAGCUUCCAGAGAAAAGUCGGACAAACAGCCUCCCGCGGCGGGAAGCCACAUGGGAUAAGUUCUCGCAGCGCAACGACUCCUUUGAGAAAGGGACCAUGUAUACUCCUCAGGUUCCGAAGAAGCUCUCCCACUCGGAAAAAACCAAGUGUGCCUCCAUGGAGGAGAUCCUGUCUUGUCGGGACUCUACUUCAGUGCAUCGGGCAGUGCUGAGGAAAGGCCUGGAGGAGCAGUUUGCCUCAGCUGAGCCAGAGCAGCUGGCCCGGAUUCAGGAACUUGUUGCGUUGAAACUUGAAAAGACACAGGAACUCCUAACAGAGGUGAGGGGAUACGGUGAGGAGGGACGGAAGGCAAAGGAGCCUAGCGCUACCACCACCACCACCUCCUCCUCUCCCUCCUCCUCUUCUUCCAAGUUGGACUCGGAGGCCAUCUUGCAGGAGAUGGAGAGGCUGCUGGGAGAGGCGUCGUCCAACUGGAGCCAGGCUCAGAAAGUGCUGCAGGAAGUCAAAGAACUAAGGAACCUGUACAAACAGCUUGAACUGCAGCUCUCAGAACCUAAAUCCAAGCAGAACGCACAAUCUCAGUACAGGAAAAGUAUGAUGUGAAGGCAAGCUCUGGGAUUCUAAGGUGGGGAGGGCAGGUUGGUAGGGCAGGUUGGUAGGGCAGCUAGGAAGAGGGUCGAAGGGUUGGUAUGUAUCUUCUUUUAGUUAUUAUUUAGUGGUUGAUGCGUACGAGGUGCCUGUUCUCAUCCGAUCCUAAUUUCUCAUGAGUUUGAUUUACUCCCUUUUAACCCCCUUUCUCUCUCCAGCCCCAGACAAACACAUUCCAAUAAAUCAGUUUGUAUCCAUA